GAAGCAGUGCGCAGGCGCGGUGACCGCACGUGUGCGGGUGGAGCCAUGGCGAAGGGGCAGCAGAAGCUGGAGCGUGGGCAGGUGAGGAAAGCGGUGGAGGCCCUUCUGGCUUUCGCGAGAAGCAAGGCUAAGGGAGACGAGCUGCUCCUCAACGAGAACGAGAGCGUGCACCUCCUGGUGACGGUCUGGAAGAUCCCACGCGUGGCUCAAGUAAUCAAAAUACCGCUGCCCCACGGCAUUCGAGCAGAAACAGCUGAGGUGUGCUUGUUCACAAAGGACGAACCAGAUCUGUCUGCAGAACAGACAGAAAGUCUUUAUAGGAAACUUCUAACUCAGAAUGGAAUCACGACUGUUAGCCAGGUCAUCUCCUACAAAACUCUCAAAAAAGAAUAUAAACCUUUUGAAGCAAAGCGUCGCCUCCUGAACAGAUUUGAUCUCUUUCUAUCUGAUGACCGAAUCAGAAGGCUCUUGCCCUCCCAUCUAGGAAAACACUUCUAUGAAAAGAAAAAGGCACCUUUAUCUGUAAACUUGAAAGCCAAAAAUCUUGCUAAGGAGCUACAAAAGCAUAUUCAGGGUACUGUACUACCAGUUACCAACAAAGGGUGCUGUUAUACAACGCGUAUAGGCCACACUGGAAUGAAAGCUGAUGAGAUACUAGACAACAUCAUUGCAGCAGCUGAGGUGAUUGCUAAGAAGUUACCAAAGAAUUGGAAAAACGUGAAAGUUCUUCACCUCAAGACACUUAAAUCAGUAUCACUUCCAAUUUUUACUGCACGAAUAUCCAACUUAGAUGAGCUUGAUAAAGAGCCGAAUGUCGAUAAAAAGCAAGGAGAGGAAAGGAAAAAGAAACCAAAGAAGACAGCUAAAAAGACAAAUUCAAGACAAAGUACAGUGACAACUAAAAAUAAGGGCACUGCUGCUACCCAAGAGUUUGCGAUAAAGGAAAAAGUAGUCCAAGAACCAGAGGAACAUGCUGAUGAUGAAGAAAUUCCACAACUGGUGCCUAUGCAAAUAAACGGCCUAGCUCAGCUAAAGAAAGAGGAACCAAGUCCAGAAAGAAGUGUCAAUCUGGUCAAUAAAACAAAAGCAACCCUUGGUAAGAGAAAGAAACAAUUUCUUGCUCCAGGAACUUUGAAACAGAAAGUUACAGGAGAGCGGGCAGACUUGCAGAUGUCACCAAAACAAAAAAAAACCAUGCAGAUCAGCACGGAAAAGGAAGAAAUAAAACAGCUGGAUAAGACUCCUAAAAAGCCUGAAGCAAAGUCUUUUGCUACACACAAAGCUGGCAAACUAGUACAGUCAGCCAAGAAAUCUUCCAAAACACCCAAGCAAGCAGCCAAGAAAGUGUGCAGACCACAGUUGUCGUGAAUGUUGCCUAUCUGCUGUAACAUUUUAUGUAGUUGUUCAAUGCUGUCUUUUCAUGAAUAUAAAGUAACAUGCCUUCUUAAGAAAAGCUGACCCUAGGAGCUUUUUCUCACUGGCUUAAUGAUUAAUUUGUAGUUCCUUCUAAUGGAAGAAUAAACACAUUAUUUUAAUUAGCUGUAUUUGUUACCUUACAUCUUUUCCAUCUUUAAAAAAAAAUAAAAUGCAGCUGUAUCUUUCAAUUUAAA